AGAAGGUGUUUGAGAAGGGGGGAACAUAGCUGAAACUGCAGAAGGAAAAGCAGCGGAAAAAGAUCAUAAAUCACAGAUCGAUCACCUCCGAUUCCAAUUCCGAUUCCGGCUACGUUCUCGCAUUUAUUAUUCGUCUGCUCCAACUGCUGCUCAGGUUCUUAUAAAGUUUGGUUGGCUAAUGAUAUGUUGGAAAUUUCCAAUUAAAUCUCAUAUGGGUGUGUCAGUAGUAGAUUGUGUUGAGAGCUUUGGCUACUGAAGCUGUAGAUAGUUCGUUCUCAAACCAAGACAACCUUUCUCUGUGGGUGGUUUGAGCUCAAGCAACAUAAAAAAAAUGGUUCUAGACAAGAAUGCGAUUCAGGAAACCCAUUAUAAUGUUCUUAAUGUGAAAGAAGAUGCAAAUUAUGAAGAAAUUCGUGUCAGUUAUCGCAGUGCUGUACUCAGCUUGCAUCCUGAUAAGCUGUUGAAGUCGUCGGAGACAUCCAACAGUAAUGAAAUAAAUGGAGAGAGAUUUCUGAAAGUACAGAAGGCAUGGGAAAUUCUGAGUGAUUCAAGCUCCCGCUCUUGUUAUGAUAAGGAGCUGCGAAGCACAAGACAGGAUUUCUUGGCUGCUGAAGUUGCAGAGGAUUUAAGCUUAGAGGAUAUGAUGGUUGAAGAUGCCGGAGAAGCAUUGGAACUGUUGUAUCAAUGCCGAUGUGGUGAUUACUUUUCUGUAGAUUCAUUGGAACUGAAGAAAAUGGGUUAUUCCUUAUUGAGGGAGGGAAGUGGGAUAUCUAUACUCAAUGUUGAUACUUUACCAGGAUCAGUGAUUCUUCCUUGUGGAUCUUGUUCGUUGAAAGCUCGUCUGUUAAUCAGUAUGGAUGACAUUUGAAAUUAAAUUAUUACCAAUUUUUGGUA